AUGUUUUAGAAGAUAUCUUCGUUCGUCAAAACAGAUAUUUGUUAAUCAAUACGCAUUGAGCGAAGUAUUUUAAACAUUCCCGUGCAGCGUGUGUCAAAAUUAGUGAAAAAUGGGUUUAUUUUACGAAAUUUUGUUCUUGCUAGUGUUAAGUGUAAUUGGUAUAGUAUUGUAUCUGAAGCACCUUUACACUUACUGGAGAAAAAAGGGAGUUUACGUGUCUUCUAAACCGCACAUAAUUUUUGGAAACGCAAAGCAUUUAUUUACAGGCAAAGUUGCAAUUCGAGAUUUGUAUAGGGAAGUUUAUGACGACUGCCGACGGGCUUCACAAAAAAUGAGCGGAUUCUACUUUAUGAUGAAACCUUGUCUGGUGCUCGCGGAUUUAGAUUUAAUUAAAGACAUUAUAAGUACCAAUUUUGAGCAUUUUACCGAUCGCAUAUUUCAUAACCACGAAUCAGAUCCGCUAAGUGACCAAAUAGCAUCGGCCAAAGGAGAAAAGUGGAAGCAGCUACGUACGCAACUCACUCCGGCUUUUUCUAUAGCAAAAAGCAAAAUGAUGAGCCAGAAAGUGCUGGCAUAUACGGAUAAACUAAUUGAAGAAUUAACCAACAAUUAUCGUGACAAGAAAACUAUUGAAAUAAGUGAGGUGGUAGAGAAGUAUGUCGCUCGUUUGACAGAGGCCGCCAUUUUUGGUAUGGAAAAUGAUCAAAUACACGGUGUCACCACCGAAUUUGAGCACUAUUUGAAAUCUUUCUUUCAUAAGUCCUCGUUAGAUUUGUUAAUCACAUUGCUAACGUUCUUUAAUCCUAAUAUGCUCACAUACUUUCGAGUGAGAUCGGUAAGAAAAGACGUGGGCGACUAUUUCUUAAAAUUGUCCGCAGACAUCAUCAAAUUUAGAGAAGAAAAUAAUAUCGUCCGUGACGAUCUUAUACAUUUACUCAUUCAGUUGAGAAAUAACGUCGAUAUAAAUGAAACCAGCGACAAACUUCUCCAAGAGAAUAAAAUCAAACCUCUACUAACUGCCUCUCAGGUGGCAGCAAAUUGUCUUAUCAUAGCCACUGCGGAUUACGAGGCCACAGCUUCUACAAUUUCAUUUUGUUUAUAUGAACUCGCGCUUAACCCAGAUGUACAAGAAAGUGCCAGGCGCGAGGUAGUCGAUGCUCUAGCAUUGCACAAUGACCUUUUUUGCUACGAUGUCGUUAACGAAUUGAUUUACCUCGAACAAUGCCUCAAAGAAACUCUGCGCAAAUAUCCUCCAACUCCUGCUCACAGUAGAGAGUGUACCAAACCGUACAUAAUUCCUAACACAGACAUUCUUGUGGAACCGGGAACACUUGUAUUCGUGCCAACUAGCGGUUCCCAGAUGGAUCCAACAAUAUUUCCCGAUCCAGAGCGGUUUGAUCCAGAACGGUUUACAAAGGAAAACAGUGCCGGUCGCCAUCCAUGUGCAUUUACACCUUUUGGCUUUGGUCCUCGAAUGUGCAUAGGUAAGAAGUAUGGAAUGAUGAAGAGUAAAAUAUGUUUGGCGAAAUUACUCCUUAAUUUUGAAUUUUCAACUAAUCACCUAACAGAAAUACCAAUAACUAUUAAACCAAAAGCUCUUAUUACUACCAGUGCAAAUGGUAUAUGGUUGGAUAUCAGAAAAAGAUGAUUAAGUAGGGUAGCACUAAAUUCGUGACAUUGGAGAAAAGAGAUUGGCGCUAAUGAUUAUGUUUCUUUAAAUGUUCCGUUGGCGGACAUGUCGGACUAGAAAUCAUAUUUUCAUGUAUUAUUAAGAGAUAUGAAUGUACUAAGAUAAAUGUAAACACAUCCUUCCUCAUAAUUCAAUCAUAUUAUAUAUAUAGACACUUCACUGUUUUUAUCGAAAUCAUUAGGUGUACACCAAAACAUUUAUUGUUAUUUGUGGGUGUGUUUGGAUGUGCUCUAGUAUUUUUAGAUAAAGAUGAAUUUGACCACCUUUUAGUAUCUUCAUUGUUUUUCAUUGCAAAUGUUGUUUGUAAAUUAUUAGUCGUAUUUCGAUGUACUUGGAGAUUGAGGAGUAAACAGUUCCAUGAUUGUAAUUAAACUCUAAAAAGUUUUACUAUAAGGAAACAGUUCGAAGAGUGUCUCACUCAAAAUGAUAUAUUUUAUUUAUUUAUUAUAUUGUUUGAAGUAGAAAUAGAAAUAGGGAAAAGUUAAAUUGUGGUUUUUGGUUGAUUGAUAAAUAUGCGAAGAAGGCGACAGAUUUGAAGAUAAUGCGGACUAAAUUUCCAAUCCUAACUACCAAUUGGAGAUUGCAAAAUGUUGAGCAAACUUGCUGUUUCAAUUGCAUCGAAACUUUAGACAUUAUUUAUUUUCAUUUGAUAAAUAUUGAAGAACGCUCGCCAUUUGUGACGAAAAAUAAA